AUGACGGGCCCUGCGGGCGUACCAACUGUGCCGGGUGCCACCAGUGCCGCAGAGGCACCGACUACGCCUCAAAGGCUCAGUGAGAUGGGCCGAAAGUCAAACUUCUACUUGGCGCUGACAGGAAUAGAACUUGUUAGGAUCACUUCUUUGCGGCACAUAAAGAGCCAUUGUCGACUGAUCUUUGCGACCAUCACAUUGUGGAAUCCGGACUUGACAACCACUGCCAUAAAACCCACACAACCAGCCAUGAAACCCAACCACAGCCUUGUUCUUGCCCUGACAUUCGCCUCGGGCGCUCUCGGCCAUGUCGUCGUUCCAAGAGCCGCCAGCAACGCCGCCCUCGAUGCCCGCAACGGCAGAGAUGCUCGCGGUAUUCCCCGCAUCAUCGAACCCGGAGCCGACUCCGGCGACAAGAGCGCGCGGAACAUCGACAAAAGAGCCGGGAUGUGUCCGAAGGCCGCCUGCAACUCGAAUGCAGACUGCGCCGGCCACCAGGCCCCCGGGAUCAGCGGACUACUGAGCACCCCGGAGUACGUCUGGGACUACAUAGAAAAGAAGUGGGCCAAGGACGAAACAAAGGCGAGUGGCAUGAAUGGGUUCUGCGUGGGGAGGUGA